AUGUACGCAGCGUAUGCAGAUCUUGUCCAGGUCGCCUACACAUGGCGUUGUCUAACCGCAUGCUGUUUGGAUGGCAUCCAAAAUGCAGGCCAAGCUGAAACUCUGAAUAAGAGCGAAUCAGAACUUGAGGCCCGGAAGCUACUAGCCAAUGCUGGCACUGCGCAGCCCAAGCGCUCGAAAGCCUCUAGCAUGUGA